AUGGUCUCAAAAAGGCAGCUUGAAAAAGAGAAAAAGUAUUUAGCUAACUCCCCCCCCCCCUCCGUGAGCGAACAAAAAAAUUUUGUUCGCUCACGGAGGGGGGUUAAUUUUUUUUUUUAAAAAAAAUUUAUAUAUAAAUUUUAUAAAAAAUAUUUUUUUUUCGAAAUUUAAAAAAAUCCUAAUUUGCAAAAAUUGGGAAGCAAAUAUUAAUUUAAUUUGCAAAAUUUAUAUGUUUUAAAACGCAAUUUGUUUAAAAUUAAACAGAAUUAGCUCUAGAUUUCAUUAUACUAAUUAUCACUUAUAUAUCAAAAUUUUUUUCCAUUAAAAUUUUUUUUCUAUUAAAAAAAUUUUUGUUCACUCACGGAGGGUGGGUUUUUGGUCAAAAAAUGGCGAUUUUUCUAAUGGUUUUGUUCGCUCACGGAGGGGGGGGGGGGGGAGUAAGAAAAGAAAAGAUAAAAAGAAAAAGGCAAAAAAAGUUGACACAGUUUCACUAAAAACACCUGAAAAUGAAGAAAAUCAGCCUCAAGAAAGUAUUGAAAUUAUAGAUAAUGAUAUUGAUACUUAUCUGCAAGAAAAUAGCAUUGAUCCCGCUUUUCAUGAAGUUUUCAAAAAAUUCUAUGCCGAGCCAGCCAUUCAACAAGAAAGUGAGCCACAAGAAGAAUCUCAACAAGAGCAAGAAAUCGCACAAGAGACUAUUUUAAGUAAGAAAAAAUUAAGAAAACUCGCAAGACCUUCUAUUUUCCAAUUAA